AUGGACACCUCCGACUCAGCCAAAAAACGCCCAAUAUCACCAUCCCAUGAGGACACCAGUGAAGGCAGGAAAAUUAGCGCUAAAAGGCCAAAGGUCAAAGCGCCUGGCGCAGAGCCAAGGCAUGAAGUGCCUGGUGCGGAGCCCAUGUUCCCACUCCCUCUGUUUCAUCAAACUCCUGGCCCAAUCUCCGUUGCUCAGUCGUACUUGCGAAGGCUCAUUUUGGAGCGCUGGGAGGCAGAAGUUAAGGCCUGUGAGAAAGCAAAACAAUUGCAACUGUUAGAAAUAGCACCAGGACCAGCGCUUACCCUUAUGCAAGUGAGCUUGCGAAGGAUUGUCAUCGAUCGAUGGGAUGCAGAACUGAAGCGUUGUGAGGAGGCAAAGCGGGUGCAACUGUUAGAGUUGCUUCUUGGCGCCCAUGGCAUUUAUAGACUAGUGUAG